GGUGUGGCCAGGUGAAAGGUAAAUAAAAUAAAUUGCCUGACCGCAAAGCAGGCAAAUUAAUUUUAACUCAAUAGCUAAGUAAAUAAAGCGAUAAACAAAUUCACACACACACACAUGCAGACACACUCAAAUGAAAAGAGUGUAAAUAAGAAUAUAUACAGGCAAUUGUAUACCCUACAAUUCGUCAAACACUGCUCAUUCUAGCCAGGCAGCAACAAGAAAAACAACAAUAUAACUGUUAUUAAUCAAGUGCGGACAACGGCAGCAACAGCAGCACCAGCACCACCAACACCAAUACCACCGCCAUACAUUCAAUAGCACCACACAGGAUCACAUUCAUAUCUACCAUUACAACAACAACAACGAAAACAACUACAGCAACAAAAUGAAUUUAAUGUUUCGCAAGAAUUUUCGCGAGGGCGCCAGCAAAUCUGGCGGCGGCGGCGGCAAACUUCAAUCGAAGGCGAAUCGUACAAAACGUUCGCGUGAUAUGGGCAUGGUGCAGCAGCCGGAGGAGAUACACUAUCGCACGCAUCUCUUCUUCUCGCCAAAUCGGCCCGGCUAUGAUGUGGGCGAAGAAUCCAUUGCAGAACGAUGUAGCGCACUAUCGGGCAUACCCAGUACCCCGACCACGUCCACGUCCUUUACACAGCCAAACAAUCCCUAUGAGGUGGACCUACCGCAGCCGCUGGUCGAUAGAUCCGUGUCGCUGAUGCGUUGGAACAGCAGCGGCAACAGCGCCGGCACAAAUAACAGUCUCAUCCGUUUGCAGCAACAGUUGCAACCGCAGCAGCAGCAACAGCAGCAGCAGCAGCAACAGUUACAGCAGCAGCAGCAACAGCUACAGCAGCAUCAACUCCUGCCAACCUACUCGUAUCAGCAUCAUCAACUGCCACAAACUCUCAGUGCGACGAACACUUAUUUAACGGCUGCCGCUGCGGCGACGCGGCAAGGCAACUUUGGUAGUGGUGGCACCGCGGGAACCACUCGGGCAGAGCCCAUAUCCCUGGCUACCUUGGAUCGCGAUUGCUUCAUCAUUCCGGUGCACAGCGUAGAUCGUUUUCUGCCAGCUGGCAUACCAUUACCCGCUCUGAGUGCCGAUGGCAAGGCGUGCAGUCCGUUAAGCGUUUUGGAGGUCUCUGAUCCCAAGUUGUGCAUACUUGUCCAUCUCAUGAGUCCACUGGAAGCCAUAGAUCCCGUGAUGGAAUCACCGCUCUCCCAUCCGCUGCUGAAGCAACGCGCCAUUGCCUCAGAGCUCUUAACAGAGGUACAGCAGGCAAAUACAGCUGUCGGUGGCAUGAUACUAGUCAACAUGGAAAAGAGCUCCGAAUUUCCUUUUAUAUCAUAUUACCUGAUAAACACGAUGCAAACGGAUCCAUCGAAUUUCUAUGCCAACCUACGCGUCUCUUCGCUAUCUAAAUUCGAGCCGAAAGCACUCAAAUACACUGCCGCGCACACGCUGGACCUGUACAGCGAGGUGGCUGCCAUUUGCCGACCGCCUUUGGUUCUGCCCUCCAACGAGGCGGGCAGCUUUAAGAAAUCCCAGACAGCGGCCACUGGCUACAUAAUCAGCGUGUUCAAGGUUUUCGAGGGCGACGAUGGCGAGCGCUUCGAAAAGAAUUGGCUGUACUGGACAGGAGCGCGAAUGUUGUACAGAUAUUUACCUCGCGCUGCGGGCCUUCGUCGAAUUGCCUUGCACAAGAGCACCUCACAGAAGGGCGACAAAAUGUAUCUGUUGGUGUGUGAGUGUGCGGAACUUUUGAAGGAUAUUUCAUUGGCCGCAUUUUUAAUACCCGCACUGCGUGCCCGUCUAUGCGGCUACACGGGACUCUAUCGACCAAUACAGACUUUCUAGAGCAAAUAAAAACUACUAUUUUUCUAUGCUGUAAAUAGAGAUGGGAAACUGAAAACUGAAAACUGAAAAAAGGCAAAUGUUAAUAA